AUGUUCAAGUUCUUACAAGCAAUGCGUGUUAGGAGAUCUUAUCUUUGGGUUAGUGCUCUGUUAUUUGAGAUGCUAGGGUCGGGAUGGCUGGAUAUGAAAGUGGCCUGUAGUGGUGCAGAGCAUCCAAGGCAUCUAAAGCGGCCGAGCUCUUCUCUCCCUAGCCUAAUACCAGGCCAAACGAGUAGACGCAUGAAAGUAGACCGAACCAAUUCCGUAAUUCAAGUAGAAGCGAACAAUCCAUUCACUCCAUCCAGCGCAGUAUCAUCUCCAUCCGCUUCAUACGCCCUACCAACUCAAACACCAUCUAGCACAAUAACACCCAUGACAUCCAUCCCAACCGCUUUAUCCACAGAAUUCAUCUUAGAACAAGCUCCAAAACUUCAAAUGCCAUCUUCACUCGUAUUAGCAAUCUGGCGACUACGGAGCUUAAAGAUAAUUGAUGUUGAUUGUUGUAUGACAUGA